UUUGCCACCGUAACAAGGGUCGAUCUCGAGUCCCCUUCGGCGAACUGAAACCGUUGCCGAUUCCUCGGACACCACGCCUCUCCAUUGCUAUGGACGUGACAGGCCCGUUUCCCCGCAAUCGCCACGGCCAUGACGGUAUUCUCACGGUCGUUGACCGUUUGAACAAGUAUGCUCGCUUCCUUCCUUGCAAGUAUCAUGCUGCAGCACCUGAGCUCGCACGACUCUUGCACACCGGUUGGAUUACCAACCAAGGUGUUCCGGAAGACAUAGCGAGYGACCGAGAUACUCGUUUCAUGUCAGCCUUUUGGACUUCCCUCAUGGCUGAGUCCGGUACGACAAUGAAACCGAGCUCGGCUCGGCACCCGCAGACGGAUGGUCAGACGGAGCGAGCGCACCAGACCGCUCAGAUGAUGUUGCGUACGCUCAACAGUCCCGACCAGAAAGACUGGGUUAACAGGGUUCCCGACAUCGAGUUUGCCUACAACACUUCGGUGCACCCGGCGAUCUGCGUCACACCAUUCGAGCUACAUCAUGGUGGAGAGAAAGCACGGAUCUUCGCUGAUCUCCUUUUGCCACAGGCUGCCGACAUAGUCGUCCCUUGCUCUCCCGCUUCCAUCCGGAAGUACCGGGACUUGCUGAUCAAAGUCCGCGCAAAUAUGCAAAAGGCUCAGAUCCGCAUGCAGCAGCAAGCUAACCGACGUCGACUUCCAUGUCCUUUCCGCGAGGGAGACCUUGUUUGGGUCCUCUCCGAGGAAUUUGCGCUCGAGCAGGAUGUUUCGCGCAAACUCCUUCUGAAAUGGUUCGGACCAUGGGAAGUCACUGUCGUUGGAGACGACCCCGCAGGUCCUUCCUUCGUGAUCAACAUUCCACCGCACCUGACAGUGCAUCGGGUCUUCCACGCAUCGAAGCUGGCCAUCUACACGCCACCUUCAGCUGACGAGUUCCCUAGACGUCGAUCACAGGAUCCGCCUUCUAUGGACGCACAUCAGGAAGUUGACCGAGUCAUGAUGCACCGCAAGUAUGGCAACAAGCCAAGGCAGUACAAAGUCACAUUCAAGCAAUGUGCGCUUGACGACACUCGGUGGAUCUCCAGUACAGAUUUGCAGACUUCUGCACCCCUUAUCUUCGCYGACUAUGAGAAGCGACGCCUUGCUAAGGACGCAGCUYRUCCCGCCCGACCCACCCCGGUAUCGGACAGACAACUUCGCCCUCGCAGGUAGCUCGGUCUUUUAAGAGGGGGAGUGUGUUACAUCUUCGACGCCACACGGGUCCUACGGGACCCGACUUAG